CCCUCUCCGUCCCCUACACUCUUCUUCGCCCGCCUCGUGUGAUACAGUUAUUUUAUCUCUCUCUACUUUCUCCAGAUCCAAACACCCUGUACUGUAUCGUAACCUACCUCUCUCUCUCUCUCUCUCUCUCUGAGCUUGUGAUUUUAGCGUCGUCGGAGGAAUCUCGAGGCACUUCUAAUCUCCCUACCAUUGAAACAAGUAGGGAAGGCCAUGUGAGCUGUUUGAACCAGAGUGAUUGCAUUUGUAGUCUUAUUUGUGUGCACAAAAUGGGCAAAUGCAAGGGUUGUGGCAAAUUAGGAAGAAUGGUGCCCAGGGAUGAGUCUGUGAGUGUGUACCAUUUUUCUCUUUUGCUAUCUCCUGUUGUUUCUGUCUGGGAUUGUGUUGUUCGGAAAAUGCGGUAUUCCUUCAGACCUGAGUGGGUGUAGUUGUGAGGCUUCUGAGAUAUUUUUAAGUUUUUCUAUACUGAAAUAGUUGGUAAUUAUUAAGAUAUUAAACAAAGGAAAAAUAAGAUAGAGAAGAAAAUUAUAGGGAAAUGUACACAUUUUAGGGGAUUUCUCUUUAAGUUAAAAAGUAGAGCAAAUCGGGACUAUAUUUAUAGGUGGUAGCUAUCAUGGAUAGCAUAGUGUGUAAUAAAGUGCAACCUGCUGUGAGGAAAGUGAAGAAAAAGCAGGUGAAAGGCGAGUUGGAUCGUCUCAAACAGGCAGAGAAGAAAAAGAGGCGUUUGGAGAAAGCACUUGCUACAUCUGCAGCCAUCAUAUCUGCACUAGAGAAGAAGAAACAGAAAAAGAAGGAAGAGCAGCAAAGGCUUGAUGAAGAGGGUGCUGCAAUCGCAGAGGCUGUAGCUCUGCAUGUAUUACUUGGUGAGGACUCUGAUGAUCCAUGUAAAAUUGUGCUAGACAAAGAAGAUGGCUUCGACCCUUGGGAUUGUGCUAGUAGUAUCAAUCUUUUAAUGGGUGAACAGAGAGCAUGUAUUCCGCAUCAGGACCACUUGAGGCAUUCACAUGAAAGAGCUGGGUGGAUUUCGAAUGCGUGUGGAACUGGAUGUGAGUGGAGUGAAAUGGAAAACAGCAACUGGUCAUUCUCAUAUGCAUCUUUUGGAAGAGAUCUUCAUGCACCAUACGUUGAGGAUGGAGGUUGGAGCACAACAGAAUUCUCAGCUGAUCUCAUUGCAGCACAGGCUGUUUCAUCACUCCAGAUUGCUGAGGAUGCACAUGUCGACACAAUCGUCAUCAAUGGAAUGCUAGGACGAUAGAUGAAAAGCACUCAUUUCCCUCUAAAAUUGAGUGAUGAUCGUAGUUCUAAAUAAUGGUUUGCAUAUAUUGCAGUUGGUUUGUUUAUCAUAUGUAUGUUGCAGCUUCUUCUUUGAACAAAUAUUGCACUAUCAUGCUCCCUAUCGCCCUUUACUUCUAAAAGCCUGGUGUUCGGCACGGCUUCGAAACAUGUUUGUCUGAUUCCCUUUUUCUGUUUUUUGUGGUUGUGGAGUUGUUUUUAGACCAUUAAUUAACUUCAUGCAAAUAAACAAUUGGAUUUAUAUUAGUUCCUA